AUGUUGCAGCCUGAGGGUCCCCCAGCCUUGGAGGAGGGGGCAGCCCCCACAGCCCCUCGUAACGACUGCAUCAUCUGCUAUUCUGCCUACGACCUCUCUGCGCACCUGCCUCGCCGCCUCUACUGUGGUCACACCUUCUGCCAGGCAUGCAUGCGGCGGCUGGACGCUCCAGCUCAUGAGCAGCACUGGAUUCUCUGCCCACAGUGCCGCCAGAGCACACCCACGCCCCGCGGAGGGGUGGCCAUGCUGGACUUGGACCUAGCUGCCUUUUUAGCAGUCAAGGCUGAGCGGGAACCAUUGAAGGUGGAGCCCCAGUCCCCUGUACCCCUCAAAGACAGCACCACCAUCACUCAGCAGCCGGCUGGGCUCUGCCCCACCUUGGGCCCCCAGCCCCACUUCCCCCAGCCCAGACACUGCUGCUGGGGCUGGGGCGGCCUGUGCUGGUGCCCCCCUGGCAGCCCCGAAGUCUGA